AUGCUAGUAUGCGGGGCGCUUCGCCGACCGCUGCUUGAACAAGGUGCAUACGAAGAUGAGGAAGCGACAUUAAUACCAACUGCGGAAAGCAGUCACAUUCUGACAGAUGAUAGCGAUUUGAGGACAAGGAGGAACAUUGUCCAAGAAGAUUGGAUGGCCAAGACAGAAUUCGUCCCGUAUUCAGUAUCGCUUCGGUGGGGAACUGCUUGGUUGAGACGGUGUGCGCACGCCACACAUUCUCUCACGGGAUUCAUUCAUCUUGGUGCCGGCCUUGCCGUUGGUUUUUCGGGAUUAGCGGCUGGAUUUGCCAUUGGAAUCGUCGGUGAUGCUGGUGUAAGAGGUACUGCGCAGCAACCUCGUCUUUUCGUCGGCAUGAUCUUGAUUCUUAUCUUUGCUGAAGUUUUAGGUCUUUAUGGGCUGAUCGUUGCCAUUUACUUGUACACUAAGCAGGGUUGAAAACAUUGUAUUUCUAUCUUUAAUCGAAAAGUCGAAGUCAUGAUUCGCUCGUGAAUUCUUUACAUGUACCGAAUAUUACAUCGAGUGACUACAAUUUUUGUCAUUCGUCGCCUUCAAUGGUUUUAGUUCUCCGCGAUCUCAGAUUGUCAUGGGGAUCUUGUUUAUAUCUGUGCUUCUGUUUGGUAUAUAAGCCGGGCUGAAAUAAUCAUAAAGUCAGGUGAAUCCACAUGCAGUCAUGAUUUUGAUUUAUCUCGAGUAAAUCGGGUUCAUACAUUAGAAUCCUCGCAUCUGACACUGAAAAAAUACAAUUAUUUACCCAACGUCACCCGUAGUGGCAGGAACGAUUUAAGGAGUUUGUCGCUUAAAACCGACACCAUUCUCUAACUGCGAUAUCAUCGCACUCCUUGUCGAGUGUUCCCUGUUUCAACAGUAGGUAUGGUACUGUCUCGUACACAAACGUAUCCGUGUCGAGCAUUUACCAAACGAUCGCUAAGGAAGGAACGUCAAAAAGACGCAGCCAACUUCGGAGCGGGUAGGAAUACAUGUCGGUAAAUACAUAAGGACUUAAGAAACUACAUCAAAUACUACCCAUAUCUCAUGCCGAACUUUUCUUUUUCAAUUUAUAGUAAUCAUUUUUAGUAUCAUUUGAUAUUUAGAUAUCAAUUAAUGUAACUGGCUCUACUGAGUGUUAAAAUAAUUGUAGACAAAGAAUUAUGAAAAGAAGGUGUUUAGACAUGCAGUUUUGAAAGAGUUGAGUCUACGGAAAUAGCACUUUUUAUUGCUCCAAAAAUGCGCCCCCUGAACUUGGGUCAAAUUAUCGAUAUUAGUGGUGACUGUCUGCACGAUCUAUACACAUUCUAUGUAUUCGCGGUACAUUUUGGAGACCCAUUUUUCUAUUCUAACAUGGCUCAUUGCUAAGGUCGGCACACUGAUCCUUAGACUCGAUCUAACUUAUAUCAGACAUAGACCAAUACGUAAUUAAGCCUUUAAUAAUAAAAUUAUUCUUGAAUAAAGCUCUUCUGUCCUUUGGUUGGUCAAAACUGGAAAGGAUCUUCCAUCUGAAGAUAUAAAGCAAAAAAUUAUACAUUCCAUAAUAAAUUCGAUGAACUUCAAUAAGCGGGCACGUCCGAUUUCACUAUUCCGAAAGAAGUAUAGGCAAAGAGAGUAUUUUGAAUUUCUGUGAUUCGGAUUCUUCUUCGGCUAAGUUGAUCGCCUGGGAGCUGGCGAUUGACAGCUUUUUAAGAAAUCCGUAAGUAGAAUUGGAGGACACUCUUCCGCUUAAUAAUUUGUACUGAUUUCGCAGAAUUUCCUGUGUGAGACCCAAGUUCAACUUAUGGACGUAUUUCUGAGAAGAGCAAUGUCCUACACUUUUGAACAAUUUAAAGCCAUGCCACACUCAUCUGAGUCCUACUCCACAUACGAUAAAAUAUGUUUGUAAAGUAGGAAUCUGGUAAGUAUGUCAUAGCCUUAAACUUUUUCUCUUAUGAUGGAUUGAAAGUCGGCUUGAAGUUAUUUAUAUUUUUAAAUAUAGUCAAGUGUUGUUUUUUAUGUGAAUGAUUGACAUUGUUGAACAACUUUCGCUUCAGAAUAUAGUAUUAGUAUUUUAAUUUUAUUAUUAAGAGCAGGGGGUCAGAUGCUUUAAGUUUAUAAUUUGAACAACAAGUUGCGCAUCAUCUUCAUAAGUCACCUCCGCCUCUUCUAUAGUCUAUCUGGAAUUAAAACGAAAUACCCUUAACACAAGUUUCAAACAGAAUGCAUUGGAUAUUUCAGUUUCAUUAGGACACGAUGCAUUCAAAACUAUCAAUCUGCUGUAUGUAAACUAAUGCAGAGAAAACCAUGAAUAAAAAGAAAAUUACAGGCCUUCUUGAAAAUGCGCCUAUAACUUGCUUGGCGACUGAUCAACUUUUGGAUGGACAUGUCCGGUUUCAAAUAACUUUUUUUUUUUAUUUUCACUA